AUAAAGAUGUGCGCGUUAUCUCAAUGUAGUUUGUCAAGAAAAAAAAUUAUUGAAGUUUUUAAUGUUUAUCUUAAUGCAUGUUAUCACGUGCAGGAAAUUUUAUAUAAUUGUGAGGUUACCGGUUAACAGCAAUGGUAAUAAAAUUUUAGUCGAGUUUAGUGUAAAACUUGAACGAUCGUGAAAAUGUUGCGUUUUUUCGUAAAACUGGAAGAACAAAAUAAUUUUCUACAAAAAUGCCUACUUUUACAAACGAAAAGAACCUAUUCGAAAAAGGAUACUCCAAAGAAGAUAAUACCAUUUGGGAAAGAUCCUAAAUCCAUAAUAUCCAAAAAAAUACAAAACAGUUUGGAAAAGGUAAAAGAGGCUCUUGUUGUAAGGGAGGUUGACGAUAUAUUAACAGAAUGGAUGGGCCGACCACAAAUAGUUCCACAAGUAUGUGAUGUUGUAAUAAUUGGAGGUGGUGCAAUAGGUAGUUCUAUAGCUUACUGGUUAAGGAGACGAGUUUAUACAGAAGAGUUCAAAGUUGUAGUAGUAGAGAGAGAUCCUAUGUAUACUACAGCAUCGACAACUCUUUCUGUUGGAGGUCUACGUCAACAAUUCUCUCUGAAAGAAAAUAUUGAAAUGUCUCUUUUUGGUGCAGAAUUUUUACGCAAUGUCAAUAGCUAUUUGGGCAUUGAAGGAGAAUCUCCAGUUGAUGUAUGUUUUCAUCCAUAUGGAUAUUUAACAUUAGCAUCUGAAAAAGGAGCUGCAACAUUAAUAGAAAAUUCUAAAUUACAAAAUUUUCUUGGAGCAAAAAAUAUUUUACUAUCACCUGCUAAAUUAAAAGAUGUAUUUCCUUGGAUAAACACAGAGGGUGUUGAAUUGGGUUGUUUAGGAUUAGAGAAAGAAGGUUGGUUUGACCCGUGGGCUCUUCUUUCUGCUUUUAAGAAAAAAGCAAUAAUUUUGGGAGCAAAAUAUAUCAGCGGAGAAGCACAAGGAUUUUUUUAUAAAGAGUCUGGAGAUGCACUGGAUGGAUUAAUUAUAAAAACGAAAGAAGGUGAAAUAUGUAACAUGAAAUUUGCUAUUGCCAUUGUGGCUGCUGGUGCUUUCAGUGGACAAAUUGUAGCUAAUGUUAAAGCAGAAGAUAAAUUAGAACAAAUAAGUUUGCCUGUUGAACCAAGGAAGAGAUAUGUUUAUUGUUUUCAUUGUCCUGAUGGCCCAGGUUUAAAUACUCCAUUAACAAUAGAUUAUACCGGAACAUAUUUCAGGAGAGAAGGUCUGGCAGGUACUUAUAUUUGUGGAAGAUCACCAGAGGAAUCUGAAGAACCUAGCAUUGAAGAUUUAAGUGUUGAUCACGAUUACUUUGAUGAAAAAGUUUGGCCUAUACUUGCGCAAAGAAUUCCAGCUUUCGAAAAAUUAAAGUUAAGGUCCUCUUGGGCAGGAUAUUAUGAAUACAAUACUUUUGAUAAAAAUGGAAUAAUUGGAGUACAUCCAUAUUAUCAAAAUUUAAUUUUUGCAACUGGAUUUAGUGGCCAUGGAAUCCAACAAUCACCUGCAGUAGGCAGAGCAAUUUCAGAACUAAUUAUUGACGGUGAAUUUAAAACACUUGAUCUAUCAAAUCUCGAUUUCAAAAGAAUUAUUUAUUCUAAGCCUAUAUGUGAGGUAAAUGUUAUCAAUUUAUAAAUACAGUAACUGUCAGGUAUAUAUAUAUAUACACACCAUUCCAUUUAAGGAAGACGAGGAAGAUCAUUUUGACCAUUUAAUAAAAUGAAUUCCUUCAAAAUAUGUGCAUUUUGACUACCUUUCGAACUGAAAUCGGCAGCACCCGUUGCUGCGAAAUCUCCCUUUAUAAUUUCCUUCUGUUGUAAUUGCGUAUUUUAUACGUUUUUGGAAAAUUUACAGUUUUAAAAAUAUAUACAAUAUGCAUAUACAAAUAAUGUAUAAAAAAUAUCCAAAGUAGAUAAAAUAUCCAAAGUAGAAUAUAUUAUAACAUACUUCUGUUUGGCAGGCAAACGAGUAUAAGUCAAAAUUAUUAUUUAAAGAAAAAUGGAAAACACGUGAAGUAUUUGAAAGUACAGUAUAAGAUUAAGUGUUAAAUUUUGGAUGUAAAGAUCAAUAAUAUUUGUCUUGGCUUAUUGACUUAUAAAAUAUACAUUAUAUUUAAUUUCGAAACGUUUUUUUUUUUUUUCUUUAAAUUAUGAUUUAUAUUACUUUGAUCACAGUUGAGUUUGACUUAUACUUAUUUGAUCAAAUAAUAUUUGUGACAGUUAAGAAGUUUUACAAAAAUACUUCAAUUAAAACACAAGUUGAACAAAACAAACUUUUAUUUUUCACAGAAACAGUCUUUUAUUUGAUAACUAAGUAAAUUUUAUUCAGUUUUAUAAAAGCUAUUUAAAAAAAAAGAAAAAUAUAGUAUUUUUUUUAAACUUAGAGAGAUCCCCUUUAAUUUCCUAGUAGUUAUCUCAGAAAAAUCUCUUGUUUUUUAAAUAAUCAGGCCUUCGGUAGCAUUGAAUUAAAAAAAAUUCACAGCUUAUAACACUUUAUGUGAACUACCUUGCAUGUAUAUUGAUAAAAUACAUAUGUGUAAUUUUGUCAAUACUUGUUUCACAUACAUUUUAUUUCUUUUAUUUUAAUAUUUAUUGAAGCAUUUAUUGAAUUGUCUUCUUUGAGAAAUUGCCUAUCAGUUUUGGUCAUUUAAACUAAACGAAUAAUUAAUAACAUAGAAUACAUUUAUUAAAAAAGUCGUAAAGAUGCAUGGCAUUUAUUACACUACUACUGUUCAAAACUUUUAUACAGAAUGUUAGGAACAUAGAAUUGUAAUAAUUCUUAUUGUAAUAUUGAAAAUAAAUCAGAAUAUUUUGUUUUUGUCUAUAA